AUGUCUGGCCCGAGCUCGAGCCCCCCGCAGCACGAUGGGAUCGUUUCUAGCGUGCAAAAUUUUGUGUCUGAGCACAAGAAACUCGUAAUAGGUGUUGCUGCAGCCGCUGUAGCGACCGCCGUAGCUGUCGUGCUCUACACCAACAGCGCGUCGCUGUCAGCGGACGACUUGGAACGCGGCGACGAAAAGAGACAUGCAAAAAAGAAAAAGUCCAAGACGGCAAAGGGAAAGAAAAGCAGUCCGACCAAAACCACGUUCGAUCCCAACGGACCCAUUUUGGAAGAAGUCCCUAAAGAGGACGUUCCAACUUCACCCCCUAAUGGUGUAGACCCGGAGAUUAGUGGACUCUCUGCAGAGGCGCGUGAACGGACAAAACGUGCAACUGCGCUCAAAACCAAGGGAAAUACGGCUUACCAGCAACGUCAGUUUGCAAAAGCAGCGCAGUUGUACACGCAGGCAAUCGAGAUGGCGGUGGUGCCAGAAGCGGUGUUUUAUUCAAACCGAGCGGCGUGUUAUGUUAAUUAUUCACCUCCCCAACACGAGCGAGUCGUUGCGGAUUGCGACGAGGCGUUAAAACUCGACCCAACGUAUAUCAAGGCACUUAACAGGCGUGCUACAGCUCUUGAAGCUCUUGGAAGACUGGAGGAGGCAGUCCGCGAUUUCGUCGCUUCUUCCUUCCUAGAUGGCAUGAGCAACUCCAACACUGCAGAAGCAGUAGAUAGGACACUGCGAAGGCUCUCUGAUGAAAAGGCGGUCCAGACUCUUGCCUCGCGCGAACCCCGUCUGCCCGCAGACUCACUAAUUGCUGCUUAUUUCUCUUCUUAUCGACCACGGCCGCUUCCAAUAUUGCCUGAUGAACCAACAAUUGCGGACAAGCAACUCCUCCUGGCGUCUGAGGCUCUCCUAGCAAAGGAUUACAAACAUGCCAUGGUCCUCGUCAACGAGAGCCUUGUACCACUCGAACCUGGACAAGGACUUUCGACCCCAGUUCUCGAGGCAGAGGCCCUCACCCUGAGCGGCUCAUUCCGAUAUCUCAUGCAAGAUCCUGUUGGUGCCAAGGAGCAAUUUACCAAAGCACUUGAGCUCAACCCCAAGUCUAUUCACACCUGGCUCAAGAUGGCGAAUAUUCACCUGGAUCAGAACAACCUUGAAGAGUCGAUGCUUUGUUUCGAAAAGGCACUCGAACAUAAUUCUAAGGACCCAGAUAUCUAUUAUCAUCGUGGUCAAAUCUAUUUCGUAAUGAACGAAUUCGUCAAAGCCGCAGAAGACUACGCUACCUCGACAGAGCUCGACAAGACAUUUGUCUUUAGCCAUAUCCAACUCGCAGUAGCUCAUUACAAGAGCGGGAGCAUCCAAAAGAGCAUGGCCGAAUUUAGGCGCAUCAUGAAGGAGUUCCCCAAACACAGUGAACCUCCGAACUACUAUGGCGAGGUACUUCUUGAUCAGGAGCGCUACUCGGACGCCAUCGAGAAGUUUGAGAAGGCGAUUGAGCUUGAAAAGAGCAAGGGCCCACCGAUGAAUGUGCUCCCACUGGUGAACAAGAGUCUGGCGCUCUUCCAAUGGAAAAAGGAUGGGGCUACAGCAGAGAAGUUCUGCCUUGAGGCUCUCGAAAUUGAUCCCCUUUGCGAGGCGGCAUUCGCCACUCUCGGUCAAAUUUACUUGGCUCAGCAGCAAUUCGACAAGGCCCUCACCAAGUUCCGAGAGCUCACGCAAAUAUCGUCUAACGCACCUCAACUGUCCCUCACGUUUUAUCAUAUCUACUCUACUGAAGCUCAGGUCCAGUUUAUCAAGAACUACCCGAAUAUGGCAUCACGAUUCACAUGA